CAGACAGCAAAGCCAACACACAGUGUGGACCUGAAAGACGAUAAACAAAAAAAAAAAAACCAUGGCCGACACAGUCAUCCUCGGCAGCGGCGUCAUCGGCCUGUCGACGGCCUACUACCUGCUGCAGCACCAGCCGGGCAACACGAUCCAUCUCGUGGACUCGGCCAACGAGCUGUUCGCGUCGGCGUCGGGCUUCGCGGGCGGGUUCCUGGCCAAGGACUGGUUCCGGCCGGAGCUGGCGGCGCUGGCGGCGCUGAGCUUCGAGGAGCACAGGAGGCUGGCCGAGCAGGAGAACGGGAGGGACAACUGGGGCUACGCGAAGAGCGUGACGCUGAGCUACGACCCUGAUGGCUUGGUGAUGGGGGAAGACAAAAAGAGGGGGGAGGACUGGCUGCUGGAGGGGACGAGCAGGGCGGGCCUCGUGGACGUGCGGAGGGAGCUCGAGGAUGGCGAGGUGCCGGCGUGGUUGAGGAGGACGGAGGGGGAUUCGGUGAGGGUGAUUGAUGAUGGGAGCGGCACGGCGAUUGUGGACCCCCUGAGAUUCUGCAAGUUUCUCCUGGAAAAGGUCAAGGCGGCAGGCGUGCAGAUUCACAACCCCGCCGUGGCAACGCGCCUAGAGACGGAUGAAGCUGGAAAGCUGUCGGGCGUGAUGACGACGACGUGCCACUCCGUGUACACGACCAUGGACGGGCUCUCGCCCGAGGUGUACUCUCGGCCGGACGGCGUGAUUUACGUCGCGGGCGUGAACCAUGCCUCGAUCCCGCUGCCCAAGCCGCGCGUAAAGGCCGUCACGUUUGACGAGUCCGUGCAGAAGCUCAAGGAUAUUGCGCGGCGGCUGAUUGCCACGCCCGAGGGAGGGCAGCAGGAGGAGGAUCUGGAGAUUGUGCGCGAGGGACUGUGCUUUAGGCCGAUUACGAAGAGGGGCACGCCGUACAUUGCGAGGUUGCCCGAGGACAAGCUGGGAGAGGACUUUACUACUGCUCGCGGCGAUGGAGGAGGCGUCUUCAUUGCGGCGGGACAUGGGCCUUGGGGGAUCAGCUUGAGCUUGGGGACGGGCAAGGUCAUGGCGGAGAUGAUGUCUGGGAAGCCGCUGAGUGCGGAUAUUUCGAGCUUGGGCUUUUAA